AUGGCGGCGAUCGGCUCACUCGUGUUUUGUACCGACUGCGGAAAUCUGCUCGACCCGAACCACCGUCGCAAGGAGCAUAUUCAAUGCGAGCUCUGCGGCGCGCAAAACAAGGAUACAUCAUCCAAGGUCAUCGUGACGACUUCCAAACCAUCCGCUUUCCCAUCUACCCUGCGCACGAGAUUGCGAUCGGAUGUGCAAGAGAUCACCGAGUCGGAGAUUCAAAUCGAGGCGACCAUCAACAUGACUUGCGACAAGUGCGGCUGCGGCGAAGUGCGCUACUACACUCAGCAACUUCGAUCAGCCGAUGAAGGCACGACAGUCUUCUAUACUUGCCCGCAGUGCGGGAAUAAGUGGAAUACCAAUAAUUGA